UUGACUGUAGACCGGUGCAGUGAACGGACGUGUUCAUCUUGAAAUCCGACUGGGCCGUCACGACCGCGUGAAUUUGUGUUAUUAUAUCAACGGGUUCAUUUGCUUUAAAAUAAAAAGGGAAAGAAAAUUUUGCAGCGGUGUAAUUGUAUAUGGGGACACAAGUUUGUGUGCGUGUGAUGUUGCGGCGGCGGUGGGUUUGAAUGUCGUGAAAUUAGAAACCCCCAGGAGGCGAUCAAAUGUGCUGGACUCGAAUCCGACCGUCUCGUUGUCAUCACCGGGGUGAAUCAACCGAGUGAAACAUUAUUUCCCCAAAUAAUUUUCAAAGAAAUAAUCAAAUUUUGAAAAAAGUCACUCGACCGAUUAGAGGAAAUCAUGUUGAGCGUGAAGCUCUUGCUGCUGAUGGCAGCUACGCUAAUUCGAGCCACUUGGUCCCAGCACAAUGCCGGUCUUUUGGAUGGGGAGCCGAUCCAUCACGACCUGCUGAAAGCCAUUGAAGUUCCUCUGCGAGACGAAGAACACAUCACGUUCGGGACUGGUGUAGAUGGAUUCCCGGCUUUCGUUCUCUUUCGUGGCCACGAUAUUAAAAUCCCCUACAAGGUUCUCCUGCCUGACAAGCUCUACUCUGACUUUUCCAUUCUCGUUACCAUCAAACCAGAUAACAAUGAAGGUGGUUAUCUCUUUGCCGUGGUUGACCCUCUGGAGACUCUGGUCCAGUUUGGUCUGCGAAUCGGCCCUGCUGCAGGCCCAGGCCAGAGUGAGCUCUCCCUCUACCACACCCACCCAGAAGACCGUUUUGUUUCUAAGGUGUUGGCCAAGUUCCUGGUGCCCAAUUUCGCCAAAAAGUGGACUCGAUUCGCCUUUCGUGUGCUGGACAGCGGCCUGGGCGUGCCCAACGUGACUCUCUUCUUCAACUGCAUCGAGUACGGCAGUCUGCUCAUCACGAGCGUUGCAUGGAAAGAGCAGCUGACCUUUGACACGGCCUCGACUCUUUAUAUAGGCCAAGCCGGAGGCCUGCUCCAACCACCCGGAGAGUUUGUGGGCACCAUCCAGGAGCUGAAGCUGACCAACGAGCCCAGUUUGGCCAGCGUUCAAUGUGAAGACAUCCUUCCGUUUUCCGGAGAUGGUUCCGGCGAUUUUGUUGAUAUCGACGACGAUUCCUUGGUGGACUUGGAAUCGGAGGGAGAAGAGCCGGACGCUGGAUCGGGCGGUGUUGGCCUGUCAUCCAUCGACAAGAAACCGCCGUCGUCGACGGCCGGAGUUGUCGAUCCUUCGCAACUCCUCCCGCCCUGUUCGCCACCUCUCCUGCCUCCACCUCCGCCAGUCUCAUCCGACGCCGUCGGAAUUGUCCGGGAAAUGCACGGAAUGCAGAACGGAUUCCGCUGCACCGAGAAGGGCGAGCCGGGCGAACGCGGAGAGAAAGGAGACAAGGGCUCAUCCAUCGACGGAGGCGGAGGCGUUUGUGGCUGCAACGAGAGUUCCAUCAUCGCCAAACUGGCCGAGCAAGUCAAACAGGGAGCGCCGGGCGUCGACGGCAAACCCGGCAUGACGGGCAUUCCGGGAGCUCAAGGUCAGAUGGGACCGACUGGACCUGAAGGCCCAGCUGGAGAGAAAGGAGAACGCGGAGAUGGCGGCCCAGUUGGCAAAGAAGGUCCUUCCGGACCCAAAGGCGAGCCCGGUCGUGAUGGACUCCCCGGCAUUCCCGGCAACCCUGGACAGCCUGGACCACCGGGUGUGGCCAGCGGACCACUGGUCCUCGAAGAUGGAUUUGGUUCGGGAUUCGGGGCUACUUUGGGCCGACCUGGAAGCCCUGGACCUAAAGGUGACGCCGGUGUCAAUGGCAAACCGGGACCGAGAGGUGAACGCGGCGAUCCUGGUCCUAAAGGCGAACGGGGCGGUAAAGGCGAAACAGGAAAUGACGGAGAGCGAGGCCAUCCGGGCAAGGACGGAACUCAUGGAACCAAAGGAGACGUUGGAGCGCCCGGCCUGGAUGGAAUGCCGGGAUUGCCCGGUGAGACGGGACGACCCGGUUCGAAAGGUGAAGCCGGUGAAAGAGGAUUGCCUGGACCUCCAGGACCUGCUAGCGCAUUGCAACUGGACGAUUUCGAUACCGGAUCGGGUGGUGGACCUUUGCCAGGGUCUUCCAGGUGGCCCAAAGGCGACAAAGGAGAUCGAGGUGCCGAUGGAAAAACGGGCCACAUGGGUCCUAAAGGCGACGCCGGCGAGCCGGGAUUGCCGGGACCCAAAGGCGAUAUUGGCCCUGUGGGCCCAAUUGGUCCAGCUGGACCACCAGGACCUACUUCAGUCAUUCCCAGUCUUGGCGGAAUGAAAGGUGAUCAAGGAGACCGUGGCAAACGAGGCAAACCUGGUCCGCCAGGUCCACCUGGUCCUGCUGGACCUUCCGGAGACAUUGGUAUCCCCGGAUAUCAGGGUCGCAUCGGUCGUCCUGGUCCAGUUGGUCCACCUGGUUUACCGGGAGUUAAAGGAGAGCCAGGAUCCAUCAGUGGAUUCCUGGGAGGAUCGCAAGGACCUAAAGGCGAUAGCGGAGCUCCUGGACGACCAGGAACUCCUGGAACCAACGGCCGUGAUGGACUUCCUGGUCCUCCUGGUCUUCCGGGCCCUGCGUCCAGUUCUGCACCUUACCACCAUCCUCAUCCGGGACCUCCAGGCCCACCUGGACCACCCGGACCUCCUGGACCCCCCAGUGGAUCUUCCAAACCAGGCUCGAAAAACCGCGGAGCUUUUCACGAACUCCGCAGUUUCGUCAACUACAACCCACCAGGAUCGUCUUCGUCGUCGCAAGGUGGUGAGGAGAGCCAGAAGGUGGUAGUGCCGGGAGCCAUCACCGUCACCAACAUGGAAGCUCUUUUCAAGAUUUCAGACAUCAGCCCCGUCGGAACCAUCGCCUAUCUCUACGAGGAGGAGAGUCUUCUAGUCCGCGUCCGCAAAGGCUGGCAGUACAUUUCGAUGGGAAAUUUCGUGCCGUUGCCGACACCGACGACGACGACAAUUCCGCCGCCGACCACAUUGAAACCGUCGGCGCCCAGCGCUGCCGAGAAUCUGGUCCCCAGAAUCGCCGAAGGUCCCAGUGAUGAGGAAAUGUGGCAGGACGGACCUGUCAAACCAUCGUUGCGAUUGGUGGCGCUGAAUGAACCCCUUUCCGGAGAUAUGGGCGGCAUCCAGCGCGUGGACUACGCCUGUUUCAGACAGGCCCGUCAAGCCGGACUCAGAGGAACGUUCCGAGCCUUUUUAGCCUCGCGUGUCCAGAAUCUCGACACGAUCGUCCGCUCGUCCGACCGUGAAUUUCCAGUCGUCAACCUGAGGGGUGAGGUGUUGUUCCGGACGUGGAACGAUCUGUUCCGCGGCGGGCGGGCCAGCGAAUUCGCCUCUGCUGCCCGUCAGCAGCGACACGACAUUUACAGUUUCAACAACCGCAACAUCUUCAACGACAUUGUCUGGCCGCAGAAGGUGGUCUGGCACGGUGCCGGACCCAGUGGCGAACGCCAACUCGACUCGUACUGCGACGCCUGGACGUCCAGCGACGCCAAGACGCUCGGAGUGGCCGCCUCUCUCAUCGCUUCCUCUCCGUCCUCCCACCAACAGCAGCUGCAGACGGGCGGCGGUGGCGGUGGCAAAUUGUUGGCCCAGGACAAAUUCUCGUGUCAGAACCGAUUCGUCGUCCUGUGCAUCGAAGCCACCAGCCAAGGGGUCGCCACCGUUGGCAGUGGGCGGGUGAAGCGGACGGCCGAGCACAUCAUCUCGGAGGAUCACUACCAAGCCCACCUUCAGUCGCUCUUUUAACAUGUUCAUUUGUCGUGUUCCACAAAUCUCUCCCACGCAAAUUUUCGAUUUCAUUUUGAAAAUGAUUUGCAAAAAUGACCCACGAGUCGGCCAAAGACCCGAAGGCACUUCUUCGUCUCUGCAUUUCCUUUUUUUAAAAAAUGUUUUUCUAAACUUGGGCAGCUUUUUUGGCGGGGAAUAAAAAACAAUCCGACGACAAUUGACCCAAAAUGUCGUCGUUGGCGAUUUCUAUAUUUUUGAAUUUUUACCCCUUCCUUGUUUUUCUCUCGCCCCCCGAGGAAUGAUGAGAUUGUCUGUGUGUGUGUUGCAUCAGUCACAAAAUGUGUUCUGCGUCCAAAGUCUUUGAUAUAACACAAGAAAACAAAAGAAAAAAACAAAACAAAACAAUUGUUCGGUUCUCCUCUUUUACAAAUUUGAAUUAUUUGGACAUUUUGUCAAUCAUCUCUCGACAUAUCUAUCGCGCUUCAGUCUCUGGCUUGUGUUUAAACCCUUGAUUUUAUUCUUUUUGCUACCAUUUCAAUCGUGUUAUUUUCGCUAUGAUCUUUGAUUUGAUUUUGAUUUUUUUUAAAUUUCAAAGACGAAAAUGGGGAAAAUGUUUCUGGUUUUCGAUUCCAAUGUGAGCGAGAGAGAGCGAAACUGUUUGGCUUUUUGGGAGAUUGAAGAGGAAGAAAAAAAUAACAGAAAAAUGAGUGUAGUCAAAAGAUCCCUCGUUUCGUGUGUUGUGUGUGUUUUAAUUUAUCCCGAGAUGCGGCGAAAAAUGGCGAUGUGACUCGUGUAACUUGCGUUUUCGAAAAAAAAGCACCACCCGCCUUCGUUAAAUUUGGUCGAUCCUGUCGCAGAGGAAAUGCGAAUGAUGAGAGAAAAAGAUUUUUCUGAGGUAAAAAUGAAUUUUUUUCUUUUCGUAAUCACUUGCGGCGGUUUUUAUUUUUUGGCAACGGAGGAAUGGAACCUAUUGUUACAUGUGAAUUGUCAUUUGGAAAGAAAACAAUUGGUCUUUCUUUUUUUAUUAUUAUCAUUUCAUUGUUUCUUUUUGUGUGUUUCCUUUCUCAUUAUAUUAUAAUUAUCUUUCUCUUUUUUUUCCUUGCUGAAAUCUGUACAUUUCUACAUGGGAACUUUACAUGUCUUGCCAAAGGCAACACGCCCAUUAUUAUUAUUAUUAUCACUUUUUGUGUUCUUUGUAAUCAUAACCGGCCAGAGCUUGUUGAAAUACAUUUUGCUGAUUGUCACUGUA